AUGAAGAAUUAUACAGUGGUGAAAGAGUUCAUUCUCCUGGGAAUCCCUCACACUGAGGGAUUAGAGAUUCAACUUUUUAUUGUAUUUUUAUGUUUCUAUUUCUUUACCCUGCUGGGGAACCUGAUUAUUUUAUCAGCCAUUAUCUCUUCAUCUCACCUUCAUACACCUAUGUAUUUCUUUCUAUGUAAGCUAUCAGUUCUGGACAUAUUUUUCCCUUCAGUGAGUUCACCCAAAAUGUUGUCCUACCUCUCUGGGAACAGCCAUGCCAUCUCCUAUGGGGGCUGUGUAUGCCAACUCUUUUUCUAUCAUUUCCUUGGCUGCACCGAGUGUUUGCUGUGCACUGUGAUGGCCUAUGACCGUUUUAUUGCCAUUUGUUUUCCUCUGCGCUACACAGUCAUCAUGAGACAUAAGAUAUGUGCCAUAUUGGCUAUGGGGACUUCAUUUUUUGGCUGUAUUCAGGCCACUUUCCUAACUGCCCUAACCUUCCAGUUGCCCUACUGUGGACCCAAUAAAGUAGAUUAUUACUUCUGCGAUAUCCCAGUGAUGCUGAAAUUAGCCUGUGCAGAUACUUCAGCCCUGGAGAUGGUGGGUUUCAUUAGUGUGGGCCUUAUGCCACUUAGCUGCUUCCUUCUUAUCCUUACUUCUUAUAGCUGCAUUGUUUGCUCCAUCUUGAAGAUCCACACAGCAGAGGGGCGGCACAGAGCCUUCUCCACUUGCAGUGCUCACCUCACAGCCAUUCUUCUCUUAUACAUACCUGUAGUCCUCAUUUACUUACAACCUACCCCCAAUCCUUGGCUGAAUGCUACUGUUCAGAUCCUGAAUAAUCUGGUCACCCCAAUGCUGAAUCCCUUAAUCUUCAGCCUAAGGAACAAGGAAGUGAAAUCAUCCCUAAAGAAGAUACUGCAGCAGGUUGGGUUCCUUCCUGGCAAAUGA